AUGGUGGUGUAUCUGUUCACGUUAGCGUUCAACAUGUUCGUGAUGCAAACGUUCGAACAACUCGUCCUGUACAUCAUGUACAUCGUUUUCACGGAGACUGUGAUGCUGCUGAAGGCACUCAUCACGCACUACAAGUUCGAUCAGAUAUGUGACCUAUUUCAGCAAACGCUGGACGGUGAUUUUAAGCCCAUGGACAUGGAGGAGGAAAAGCUGCAUCGCAAGGGCAUUGGGGAAAUUAAUUACUACUUCUAUUUGUACAUGAUGACUACAAAUCUUGCAAUUGUAAGUUCGGUGCUAUACCUGCUGCAUGAAGAUUAUCGCUUGCCCUACUUUCCCUGGAUGUUGGGCAUUACGUAUGGGCCAACGGAGCGGCUCAACUUUGGCAUUAUGUUCGCCUAUCAAGUGAUCGGCAUGUACUUUCACAUGUUGAUCAACGUAGCGACGGACGUGCAACUGUUUUAUUUUCUGGGAAUGAUCAGCAUUCAGCUGGAUUUGCUUGGCAAACGGUUCCGGAUGAUACGCUCUUCGGCACAGUUCAGGCAAUCUCUCGUCAAGCUAAUAAAUCACUAUCAAAAAGUGCAACGGAUGACCCAUGACAUUGAACACCUAUAUUCACCUGCCUUCUUCGCCCAGUUCAGCGCUAGUGGGUUGGUUAUUUGCGCAACCGCUUACAAGACAUCCUCAUUGUUCAAUGUGUACGAACUAUCGGCUAUUCAGAAUCUACUCUACAUGCUUUCAAUGAUGUUUCAAAUGUUCUUGCCAUGCCGCUUCGGCAAUGAGGUCACCCGUAAGAGCCACAUCCUUCGCACCUCGAUAUUUAGCUCGCAGUGGUACGAAAUGCAGCAAGCGGAUCGUAAAACACUGCACAUGUUGCUCCAACGCAUGAACAAACCGCUCACGCUUAAGGCGUACUACUUCUUCAACUAUAAUCUCCAAGCUUACACAACGACGCUCAAUAUGGCCUAUUCCGUGUAUGCGUUGCUGCAACGUAACGCGUUGAAGAAAUCUUAA